AUGCCACAGCACAAAGCUCGCAAGGCGUGCGACUUUUGUUAUCGCAGGAGGAUCAAGUGUGACGCACAGAAGCCCCGAUGCUCUAAUUGUAUCCUGCAUGACUCAAUCUGUGCUUUUGGCGCUACAAGCCGCAAAGCUCGGGCUAGGCAUCAGGAAUCAGGCGAAGACAUUGGAGUUCUACGAUCACAAGUAGAGCGUCUCGAAUCAAGUCUUGGCCUCGCUUUAAAGAGGAUCGAGGAACUUGAAAGCCUGGUACCGAAAUGGGACGAGGCUCUAGAUGUUCCGGCUGCCUCGGCCGGAGCUGAUGACCUCGAUGAAUAUGAAGUUGACUUCGCCGAAAAAGAGCUUCCUGAUGCACGCAUGGAACUGCCACCGCUUCCGGAAGCCCUGUCUGCAACGGAAGCCUACCUCACAACGCUGAACGUGGUUCUUCCGCUGUUCCACCCCGGCCGAUUACUGCAACUGAUAAAAAGCUGGUACACAAGUUCUGGUCCAAGAGAGCGCACAACAUGGGCGGCAAUCAACGUGGUUCUCGCGCUGGCUCAUCGUCUAAUACAACCCGACGAAGCGACAUUGAGUGAGGGAGCGGCGUACUACCUGCACAACGCCCAGACUGUGCUUUCGGAGGUGAUCAUGGGUGGCGCUGAUCUACUCAACGUUCAGAUACUCAUCGGAAUGGUCAUACUCUUUCAAGGUAUGCAAGAUCUUAAGCCUGCGACGAUGCUAAUCGCUAUUGCUUUACGUCUGGCGCACGAGUUGGGGCUACACACUCGAAGAGCUGAGUACCCCGACACUUCCCAGGUAUUGGAACGGGACCGAGUCUUUUGGAUAGCAUACAUCCUUGACAGAGAUAUUAGCUUGCGCACAGGUCAGCCGCCUGUACAACGCGAGGCCGAUAUCGACCUGGAGUGGCCAUCAGCCGAGCCCGAAGACGGAGCUGGAACGGUGACCAACGCCGAUGGUACUUUUCCAUUUAACUUUCUUCGAUGCCGCGUACGGCUUGCUCGGAUCCAAGGUGAAGUAUACGACUUCAUCGUUGCAACUCGUGCUGGGACGAUGGACAACUACCAGCGAGACGAGAACAUAGCUCGUCUAAACCGUAUGCUGGAUGACUGGAUCUCUAGUAUUCCGCCGCCGUUCCGACCCAGCUCCGUGGUACAUACCGGACAGCCAAAGCUGUGCAGAAGCUUUGCCGUUCUCUACUCCACUCAUCUCGCCUGUCGGACCCAGGUUUACCGCGCUGAUGCCAUGGCGUUGCCCUGGAUGCAGAGCCUGCGGACUUUUGGCAGAACAGUUACGCAACAGGGACACACUGUUCCAGUACCUCUGCCAACGCCAUCGUUGCAGGAUUGGGAGAAACUUGUGGACGAGACCCGUGGGUUCAUGGAUCUGUUUUGGGGUGUAGAAAGGAGAGACCAGGCAUUUAUCUGGAUGACCGCCUGCACAUAUAUCUCUGGGUCUGUCUGUUUGACAGCCAACAUCAUGUUUGAACCAUGCCACGCGAGCGUGGAAUACGACCUGGCACUGGUAAAUUUAUCCAUUGCGCUCUUGGAGGAUCUGAUACAACAAACAGAACACCAGCCUCUGAAAGAUCUACGAGAUGCAUGUGAAGAGCUCCUGCGUUAUGCUUGUGCAUUAUCGCCUAUGGUUGACGUUUAG